GGGCUCGGUGGGUAGCUGGAGCCCGGAGUUGUCCGCAAACUGCAGCGCAGCAUCUCGGGGACCGCGGGGCCGCUGGCGAAUCCCCGCGGGGCCGGGAGCGCCCCGUGAGUCCGGGGGGCUCCGGGGGCCGAGGCGCGGCCGUGUGGGAGCGACAGCGCCGGGAUAGGGCAUGGAUCCAGCGGAGGUGCUGACACCGGGUUAACCCUUCUCAGCUCCUGCCUUUCAGCGAUUGCUGCUACAGCCCGAGCCCGGCUAGAGGCAAAUUUUUGAAAUUCAGAUGAGGAAGGCGUAAAUAUUUUAUUUGGGGAAAUGGGUUUUUCGCGUGCCCGUGUGAGCGGCUCUCCGCGCAGUGUAAGGAUGCGUUGGAAAUGACUUACCUGUGCGGAUUUCGUGGCAGUUUUUGACAGGACGGCAGUGUACAGGUUUACAAUUAGCUGCAGCUAAGUUUGGGUCAGCCCUGUUCGGAAAAAGUGCCGGCUUGUACCUGUAACACUGAGCUGAUGUGUGCAAUGGCACAUCUCCUGUCUUGCUGCCGCUACAGAUACACGCUGGAAAAGGAUAACAGCCUCUAUCUGGGAAAAUGCAACAUGCUGAAAAAAUAGCAUUUAGGUUUUUAAUAUAGGCACUCUUACUUAAAACUGCCUCGAAAGGCGUGGAAGAUAUUACACUUUAUUUUACUUGAUGGGAAAAUAAUCCAACUUUUUUUUUUUUAGUACUCAUCUGCUGUGUGUAACCUUCAAGUAGUGCUCAUAGUUGGAGAAAGAAGAAUGAGGUCACGGCGUUGAUGCGGAGCUGCUGGGACUCGGGAGCUGCCCGGAGCACGAUGCCCUACCCUGCCCCUGGCCUUGGGAAGCUGUGAGCUGCUCAUGUCCAUAAGGAGGAAGGAUGGCUCAUGGAAUUCCGUCACAAGGCAAAGUUACCAUAACUGUGGAUGAGUACAGCUCCAACCCAACGCAGGCGUUCACGCACUACAACAUCAACCAGAGCCGCUUCCAGCCUCCACACGUGCACAUGGUCGACCCUAUCCCAUAUGACACUCCAAAACCAGCGGGCCACACGCGCUUUGUCUGCGUCUCAGACACGCACUCCAGAACAGAUGGCAUCCAGAUGCCUUAUGGGGACAUCCUUCUUCACACGGGCGAUUUCACCGAGCUGGGACUGCCCUCAGAGGUCAAGAAGUUUAAUGACUGGUUAGGAAACCUACCAUAUGAAUAUAAAAUAGUGAUUGCUGGGAAUCAUGAACUGACAUUUGAUAAGGAAUUCAUGGCAGACCUUGUUAAACAAGAUUACUACCGCUUUCCCUCUGUGUCCAAAUUGAAACCAGAGGACUUUGACAAUGUUCAGUCACUCCUGACAAAUAGUAUUUACUUACAAGAUUCAGAGGUAACAGUUAAAGGAUUCCGAAUAUAUGGUGCCCCGUGGACACCAUGGUUUAAUGGAUGGGGCUUUAAUCUACCCAGAGGUCAGUCUUUGCUAGACAAGUGGAACCUUAUUCCUGAGGGAAUUGAUAUCCUAAUGACACAUGGACCUCCCCUUGGUUUUCGAGACUGGGUUCCAAAGGAGCUGCAGAGAGUGGGCUGUGUGGAGCUGCUGAACACAGUGCAGAGGCGAGUAAGGCCCAAACUCCAUGUCUUUGGUGGGAUUCAUGAAGGUUACGGCAUCAUGACAGACGGCUACACCACCUACAUCAACGCCUCCACGUGUACAGUCAGCUUCCAGCCCACCAACCCUCCCAUCAUCUUCGACCUUCCAACCCCUCAAGGAUCCUGAAGCACUACUGGGGAAGGUCUAUAAACUGCCAUUUUCUAAUUAAGGAACAUACAUUCAGUUACAUGUUUAUUUCAAAACAGGGGGCUGGUGGGGGGGUGGAUUUUGGGGGAGAUGUGGGGUUUUUUUUGGGUUUUUUUUAAUUUGUAAAUUGCUGGUGCAAAAGAAACAAGAGGAAAAGUUAGAGGUUGUGCUUUUUGGAAAUGCAGCAUUCAUUUUAAAUUGAUAAAGCAUUGUGAAUUUGUAAAAUGAAUUUCAUUUUUCAAUAAAUUUGCCAUUGUAAAUUGUUAUAGUGUUCUCAAAAGGACAGCCAAGCUUUCUUUUAAUAAGUGAGAGACCUUAUUUUAAUAUUAUAAUAUAAGCUAAAAAAUAGGCAGCAUUUAAAUACACCCAAAUUUGCACAACUUAUGUUAUUGUCGGGAUUUUUUUAAGUGUCUUCUUUUUCCCUAGGUUUAAAUGUUGGCUUUUUAUCUCCAUUUAUAUCAAUUCCUUUAGUAGCACAAACAAUGUUUUGGGGUCCAUUUACCUCUUGAUAUGUGUGCAUGUACUUAAACUUGUUUCUAGUCAUGGUAGAAUGCAGCAAGAGGAGAAUAGACUUCUCAGUUGUUUGUCUCUACCUGCUUUAUAAAGACUGAUCUAGAUAGCCACAGUCUAUAUGUGAUAUCUACCUUCUGUUGUUUCUUUUUUAAAUUAUUUUAGCUUUAAAAGACUGGGGGUGAAAGCUGCAAAGAGCAGGUAUUUCAUGCAGUAAAAAAAGAAAAAAAUAAAUUGUAAAUGCGGACUCCUUUUAAAUAUGAAUUUAUAUAUAUAUGUAUUUUUUGUGCAUUAUAACUAAGCUAGGAUUUAAUAUUGCCAGUAUAGCAUCUGCAAAACUAUGCUGUACAGCACAUCUAAAUUAUGAAGGAUGUGACACAUUUUUCCAAGUGCUCAAGGCCUUCAAGAGCCCAAGUUAAAUCUUUGUUGUAGUUCAGGCAUGUAUAGAGUCAAAUGGAUACAAUCAAGCCUAAAUAAAAUAAGGCUUAGUUGUCCUUUAUAUUUAAAUAUUCUUCUUGUCUUUUUUAUUUCCUUUUUCUUAUUUUGCACUGUGUGUAAAUGCAAUCUCACUAGCACAAAAUAUUGUUGCAGAUAGUUAUUUCCGUUCCACCACUGUAAAUGCUAUUGAGCUUUGUUCUGUUUUAUGUUACCUUGUUAAUGGAAUUUAGAAAAGCAGUUGUUUCUUUAAAUUUAUUGUGAUAUUAUAUCUAGCGGCCUUUAUAUGCAAAUAAAAUUGCAAGAUUUUUAAAUAUGUG